AUGCGAUUGGAUUCCAUUCUGGAGCUGAGAAUCAAGUUAUGAAAACGGGUUUGCGGGUUUGUGGAAGCUUGUUGGAAAAAUGCCCGAGGCUGCAUUGCGUAAAGUAAACGUCGCUAUCGCUUCCACACAGCUCCGCACUGCAUUGGUUUAAACCAGCCUGCUGCUGCUCUUUGAUCUGGGCUACGAAGGCUUUUUUCCAUCAGAACUCACCUAGUUAGCAAUUGUACAUAAUCUGUGGUACUGUUUUCAUUCGUAUUGCAUUUUGGCCAGCGACAAACACUACAACCUCCAGACGACCAGUUCUUCGAGCCCAUUGUUCUGUAUUCUCGGUACAGCUUAAUCCUACCCCUGAAAAUGCUGCGAGGAGCCAGGCCGCUACUGUCCUUUUCGACAAGGGCAAUUGAGUCUGUGAAAGCCUCCAAGUUUUCAAUUGGGCGGAACUCGGCUCUAGAAGUGAGGCCCAAGGCUCCCAGUCCUUCUUUUGGCCGUCCUCUAGUCUACCGAGCGGCCAGGCUGCAGUACUCGACAAAGAAGCCGACCGACUCAGAGGAGGAAUACGCAAAAAAGGUGGUAGGCGUCGACCCGGAGCACGAUCGCAAGGUUGCGCAAGAGAAGCUGCAGCCCAAUCCAGAUGGAGUGAGUUCGGAGUCGAGUGUGCGCCAUGUCCUCGAACCAAGGCGACGACAAAUUGGAGAGGGUGCCGAAGAGGGCCAGGACGCUUUGAAGAAGGGCCUCGGCGCAGAUAUUGAAACUGUCAAAGACACAUUCAACCUUUCAGGCGUCCCUCCCCUUUCCUACAAGCUCGGUCUUGCCGGUACCCUGCCAUACCUAGGCACCUCGCUCUCCACUGUAUUCCUCAGUUGGAAUCUCAGCACCCAGUGGCCGACGUCAAGUAGCCUGCUCAACAGCAUCAUGUUCAGUCACGAGAAUGCCGCAUACUAUUUCCAGCUUCUCGAGCACAUCCAGCUGGGCUAUGGCGCCGUCAUAAUUUCAUUCCUUGGUGCCAUUCACUGGGGUCUUGAAUAUGCAGAGAAGGCACCGCACCCCCAACGCACCAAGUUCCGGUAUGGCAUGGGCGUCGUGGCACCAAUGCUCGCCUGGCCCACGCUCCUACUCCCAGUCGAGUACGCACUGAUCGGACAGUUCGCUGCGUUCAGCGCCCUCUAUUUUGCCGACGCCAAGGCCGCCACUCGCGGGUGGGCACCACCGUGGUACGGCACCUACCGGUUCGUCCUGACCUUUGUGGUCGGGUCGGCCAUCUUUGUCAGCUUGCUGUGGCGCGCAAGGCUCCUGGAUGACGGCGGCAACAAGGGUGCGGCGCAAAACAUCAGCGGAGUCAAGGAGGGAGACCUCACUCGGGAGAUGCCGGAGGCAGAGUGGAAGAGGUUAGAAGCAGAGGAGAAGGAGAGGUUGAAGAAGGAGAAGGAGGAAGCUGAGAGGAAGAAGAAGGAAGAGGAAAAGAAGAAGAGCCAGGAGAAGAAGGGUAAAGAUGGCAAGAAGACCGAGUCCAAAGAUAAGAAGUCGGAUGACGAUAAGAAGGAUGAGGAAAAGGAGGGUGACAGCAAGGAUGACAGCAAGAAAGAUGAUGGCGAGGGCGAGAGCAAGGAGUAGGGCAGAAAGAAGGGAAUGAUGAAUCGUGAGUGCGUGCGAUGAGGUUAAGUUGGUGGCAGCAUCGUUUAGUAUUGUGGUUGUUGAUAAUGUAAUGACACUUUGAAGAUGCCUUUUUUCUGUAAAAUUGUAAGACGGGUGCAAUAGAUGAGAUGCAUAUCGUAUAAUAUUCAAUAUGCCGUCAAGUAUCUGAACCCCGCGGGUUUUUUUUUGGUUUUUUUUGUUCUUGCUUGGUUACCC